UGAACUUCCUCACAGUCUGCUAUAAAGACUUGAUAUCAUGCUGUCAGCUGCAGCAGAAGAAGAGAAGCUCCAUCAGGUCACCUUCAACACCAACCAUGUUCUCUGUAGCUCUGCUCUGCUGCUGGCUGCUGGAUCCUGUGUGAAGUGUGAGCAGUUGAUACAGCCAGCCUCUGUGACUGUGCAGCCAGGUCAACGUCUGACCAUCACCUGUCAGGUCUCUUAUUCUGUUAGCAGCUACUGGACAGCAUGGAUCAGACAGCCUGCAGGGAAAGGACUGGAGUGGAUAGGAAUGGGAGCUGGUUCAACUACACACUACAAAGAUUCACUGAAGAGCAAGUUCAGUAUCGACUUAGACUCUUCCAGCAACACAGUGACUCUGAACGGACAGAGCGUGCAGCCUGGAGACUCUGCUGUGUAUUACUGUGCCAGAGCUCGAUCUAGCAGCUACUACGCUUUUGACUACUGGGGAAAAGGCACAAUGGUCACCGUCAGCUCAGCCACUGCCACUGUCAGUGGACCAACUGUGUUUCCUCUGAUGCAAUGUGGCUCCGGGACCGGAGGCACAGUCACUCUCGGCUGCUUAGCCACCGGCUUCGCACCGUCUGCUCUGACCUACGGAUGGAGCGAAAAGGGGGUAGGCUUGCCCUUGACAGACUUCAUUCAGUACCCCCCCAUACAGAAGAACAACCACUAUCAGGGUGUCAGUCAAAUCCAAGUGAGUAGAGCGGACUGGGAUGCCAAGAAGGAAUUCACAUGUACCGUGACACAUGAAGCGGGAACUGCGCAGGGUGACUUCAAAAAGCAAGAGGUGGAAUAUAGAGUUCCAACUCUUAAAGUGUUAGCCUCCACUUCCUCUGGAGACAAUGAGACUUACCUCUCCUGCUUGGCCAGUGAUUUUUCACCUGCCGAAUAUGAGAUCAAAUGGCUGACAAUCAACAAUCAAAACAUCAUAACCCAAAUCCACGAGAUGAAAACUCUUCCUGCGGAAAGAAAGGACGAGAAUGGAACUUUACUGUACAGCGCAGCAAGUUUCCUCACGAUGGAUUCCAAUGACCCGACUUUGAAGAACCCUGUCACAUGUCUGUUUGAGGGGAAAGGGGAAAAAGGUCCAAGUACCGUGAAUAGAUCGCUCAACAUAACGAAAUGUUAUGACAAACCGGGGGAGGGCCUUAUCGAAGUCAGCACAGAUUGUCCUAUAGCAGAUGCCGAUGUACAUAUCAUCGAACCCUCAAUGGAGGACAUGUUUUUACAAGACAAAGGAACGGUAUAUUGUCGAGUCAAGGUUAACAAAACACCUCUGGAUAAGAUUUCGUGGGAGACCGAGGCUGGAAAUCCAAUACCUGGUGCCAUCCCAACUACCAAAUUUAAGGGCGGUAAGGGAGUAUUUGAUGCUGAACUUACCAUCACGUAUGAAGAAUGGAUAAAGGGCACCAAGUUUGUCUGCAAGGUGGAACAUAACGAUUGGAUGGAGCCACUUAAAACAACCUACCAAAGGAUUAAUGGCUCCUCCCAAAGGAUCAUUGACAAGGAGGUAGGAGAUAACAAGGGAAGCACAGAGGUAGAAGAAGAUGACAUGAAAAGCACAGCCAUCACCUUCAUCUUUCUCUUCCUCAUCACUCUGCUGUUCACCAUUGGAACCACUGCUUUCAAGGUUAAAUGAAACGAGGUGAACUUUCU